GUAACUAUGUUUCUCAUUACGCGUUCAUUGAUACAGAUAGAGUGGCCAAGGCGUAUGCAGUGACAAACUAUCUACGUACAGGGUUAGCAGCAGGAGGCCAUGGUCUGGCCUAUCUAUUACUCCUAAGCUUACACCAUUGAGCCGGCUAGGGGAUCUCGAGGCCUAGCCCUGCUUCACGAUCCUCGCAUCCAAGAACUAUGCUCGAAGCUGUUUCUGGUGUGAUACACGCCCAAUGUCUUUGACACGGGGAAAUUUAGUGGAGAAACUUGUCUGACAGGCAUGAGAAGUGAGUUGAAUUGAAUGAAUGGAAUUGAUAUUGAUGGAUGAGAUAAUCAGGCGAGUGUCUGGAUCAAUGGAAAUAACUGUCUAUAAUAAGUUCUUAGCUUGCUGCCCCUUUAUCGUCUCCUUUGCCGAGCCCGAAAACCGCCUGUUUCUCAAUGCCAUGACAUGAUAACAUCGAUUGAUGGCAAAGUUGCUAAAUUGCGUGCAUCUUGCGAUGCGUGCAAUGAGUCCAAAGUACGAUGUAGCCAGGCAAAGCCAAAAUGUGCACGUUGUGAGCGGCAAGGGAUCGGUUGUAUAUACGGGCUGUCGCGUCGAAGCCACAAAAGCGCUCCUCGCAUCGGGGCAUCAUCUCAGUCCGCACUAUCCCCUUUACCCCCAGCCAAUUCCCAAACAGAUACUACAAUAGACUUUUCACGGCAAAGAAAUGGUUCCAUUCACGUUGCAACCGAGCCUACGGUGGCUUUUCAGCACGAGAUGGCCUUGGGAUCGCAUAACGACGGCUCCCUUUCUUCCUCUUCCGAGCAGCACUUUAUGUCCGGAUUCGAGAUGGAGGGUCAUCCUGAGCCGAUGGACAUUUCGUCGGGGCUGGGGUCGACAUUCGAUCCGAUUGCUGACAUGACGGCGGAGACGUAUGACUUUCUUAGCAACGGCCUGUCCCUUGUGAGCCCAGACAUGGGGGGCAACAACACGCGGGGUGGGUUGGGGGGGCUGUUCGCUUCCAGUAACUCCGAUCGUCCCACAUGCGGCUGCAUGUCACGAGUCGUCAAGCAGCUUCUAUCCAUUCCUACUUCGUUACAGAGUGAUGACGCUUCCUUCGAUACCCACCUCUCCAUACUCCGGGGCGCCAUCAAUGUUUCAGAAGACUGCAUCUGCUGCCCCUGCACCGCGGGGGAUGAGAUGUCUAUGGUGGCCAUAAGCGUAUUAAUUGGCCAAGUGCUUCAGGGGUUCGAAUCACUGCUCGCAAAGGCAAGCCUAUCAGGGGGCUCGCUGUAUUCAUCCAACACGUCAGAGAGCUCACACGGGGGCAAGGUCAACACAACAGCAGCUCCCAGAUUAUCCUGGGGGGUGUUACAAAUCGAACCAGACGAGGAGGAUGAGCUAAAACAACACCUAUGGCGACUGCAAUUCAGAAAGUUAGAAAACGUACUGAAACAGUUCAGUGCGUCCGUGGACCGGCUCAGGAACGCACAGGGGCAAGGCAGCGGGAACUCAGCACACGUCAUGGCCUGCCAAUGCAUUCACAUGUGGUUAGUCCAGAAGGCAGAGGCAGUGAAGAACAGGUAUUUAUCACAGGACGGGCUCGGCGUGGGAUCGGAGGCCUAGGUAGAUUGGUUUGCGGAGGAAAAGCUACAUACCUAGAAAGUGCCAAGAAGUUCUACCAAUAGAUAGAAGAAGAAGACAGACAGACGUCAAAAUAAACGCACAAUGAUUUGACUUGGGUAAAAGGAUUAUCUGCAUACACGUCAAGUGGAUCCUUGCAUAUGUACACAUCUAAAUACUUAGGUACUCUACAUGUAAGCCACAGUCGGACCGGUACUCCGCAAGGGCUCUGAUAAUGUAGUUCAUAGGGCAGAGCCUCAUCAAUAGGAGCAGGGGGAAGCGUGGGAUACGAAAGCUGCAGUCGGGAGGUGGCAGGU